GGGCCGAGAUAUCCAUUGUCCGCGAGGAGGGAGAGACAUCGAUAAGACGAGGAGUUGAGCGCAGCAUGCUUUCGAAGAAAAAGGGUAACCAACUUUCGACACGAGACAGCCCAAGCGAAAUAUCCCGCAGGAUGAACAACUUCAUCGUGGUCGCCUUCGGCGCUGCCCUAAUCCAGCAGCUGUUGUCUUUGCUCACCACGGACACGCCGGGAGCCGUUUCCGCAGGAGAUGCUGCCGACUUCGCCGAAAGCUCUGCGAGGAGCUGCUUGUUGGCCCAGCCCUCCGAUCAAAGCGAGGCCGUCCUGCCGUGGCCCGCUAUCUCCGCGGGUGCUGCAAGAGCGGUAUGCCUCGGGUUGAGCUGCGCUGCGGGAGGUAUGUUGGACGAGGGCACCUUGUUUCUGUUCGAGGUGGGGUUGAAGACCAUCAUCAAUUUAAUUAUACUCCGAAGCCUGCGUUUCCUCGCACCGAGGUUUCAAGGACCAUUAUAACAAGGCAUGCAUGGGCGAAGAAAGCCGGGGUGCAGGGAAGGUCCGGAUCACAGAGCAUGCACACAUCGGCGCCAAAUCAGGCGCUGAAAGAAUAAUGGGGGGCGGGGGGGGGCAACGCGGAAUCAGGUUCUAGGGAACGGUUCUGGCGUGUGCGAGGUGCAGCGAGGUCUGA